AUGGCGUCUAUAAAUGUUUUCAAAACAGAGCUGCAAGUUGCAAAAGAAAUCUGCAGCUUUGUUGAAAUGAAAGCGAAUGAAGCAUUGGCGAGAGGAACUGAUUUUACAGUGGGCUUUUCUGGUGGGAGUUUGCAAAAGUACUUGUGUGAGCAUCUCCCUCGCAUCUCGACUGAUUGGUCGAAAUGGAGAAUAUUUUUCUGCGACGAGAGGCUGGUGUCGUUCGAAGACAACGACAGCACGUACAAGUAUUACAGGGACAAUCUGAUUGGGAAAGCACCAAUCCAUACAGAGAACAUCUUUCCAAUCAAUCCUAAUCUAUCAGUGGAAGAAUGUGCGAAGGACUACACGGCUUGUUUGCGUAAGGUCUUUCCUGGUGACGAUCUUCCCCGGUUUGAUCUGCUUCUACUGGGGAUUGGUCCAGAUGGACAUACUUGCUCCCUAUUCCCUUCACAUCCUCUGUUAGAGGAGAAAGAUGUCCUCAUAGCACCGAUCAGCGACUCCCCCAAACCCCCGCCGUGUCGUGUUACCAUGACCUACCCUCUCAUCAACAAUGCUCGCUGCUGUGCAUUUGUCAGCUGUGGAGCGGGCAAAGCUGCUAUCCUCAAGACGAUUCUAGCAGAGCAGCACGAGCCAUUGCUUCCCGCUGCUCGAGUGAAUCCGACCGACGGAAAAGUCUUCUGGUUCCUGGACGACGCUGCCGCUUCGAUGCUGAAAAACUCGGAGCUGUUCGACUAGCUAUAGCCUCUCGCGUCGGCCGGACGUCGAGGAGCGUCGGGGCAUGUCGUGGCUCGUACUUAAUUGUCUCGCGAGAGAGAGGGCAAACUCACGGUGAUGGCGCGUAGUCUUUCUUCGUUUUAUACGUGCAGUGCCUAUAAUUUUGACUCGGACGUUUGAACCUAGUGAUAGAUGAAUGGUGUUAGGGCUUUGUGUGUAGUAGGCAUCCUCCCCCCCUUUUUAGCUCAUCUGACAUAGUCAGAUGCAGCUUGUAGAAUCGCAUGAUCGUCCGUCCGUCC